AUGGACUGCACUCCAGAUACCAGUCACAAUGAACAAAUGUCCCUGGUACUACGCAUUGUGAAUUGUGAAUCAUGUUCAGGAGCCUCCAUCUCAGAGCACUUUGUUGGUUUUUUCAGCGUUCAGGACACCUCAGGAAGAGGCCUGUGUAAUACCCUCACUGAAGAGCUCAAACACAUGAAACUGAACAUCGCAGACUGCCGUGGUCAGUCUUACAAUAAUGGAAGCAAUAUGAUGGGACACAAGCAGGGAGUUCAGAAAAGAGUGCUGGAGAUAAACCAAAAGGCACUGUGUGUUCCCUGCAGCAGUCAUUCACUAAACCUUGUUGUAGCUGAUGCUGCCAAGUCUUCUGUGUUGUCUGUGACCUUUUUUGGCAUUCUUCAGUGGCUCUACAACCUUUUCAGUUCUUCUGUGCACCGCUGGUCAAUCCUACAGCGCCAUGUAAAGCUCACUGUGAAAAAUCUUUCAACAACGAGGUGGGAGUGCCGUAUUGAAAGUGUAAAAGCCUUGCGCCACCAAUAUCCAGAGAUGAUUGAGGCCUUAUCUGUGCUCACUGAACAUGCUGCAGAGAAAAAGGAUGGAGAGACACUGUAUUCAGCACAGAAUUUGUGUAAGGAACUGAUGUCAUGGCAAUUUAUUCUUUGUGUUGUGAUCUGGUACAAUGUGUUGUUUCACAUUAACCAUGUAAGCAAACUCCUACAGAGCCCGAAUAUGGCAAUUGAUGCAGUGAAGAGAGAGACUGACCAUGUUAAACAGUUUCUCCAAGAAUACCGGGAUCAUGGAAUUUCAUCUGCCAAAACAGAAGCAAGAGAAAUUGCAGAGAAAUUACAGGUAGAUAUGACAUUUCCAGUGGCAAGACAAAGAAGAACAACUCGCAAGUUCCUUUAUGAGGGGAAGGACGAAGUUCAGCUUACACCAGAACAGCGUUUUAAUCAGGAUGUUUUUCUUCCCCUGAUUGAUACAGCACUAAUCAGUAUCAGUGAAAGGUUCACCCAAGUCGAUGUUUUCUUUUCUUUGUUUGGAUUUUUGUACUAUGCAAAUAACAUGAAGAAGGCAAUUCAAGAGGACACUCUGGAGGACUCAUGUAAGAAACUGGAGCGCACACUGGGUGAUGUUGACAGCCAAGACCUGGUUCUGGAAGUGACGGCAGCUGUCAGUGUUUUUCCAGAUCACAUCUCUUCUCCUGCAGAUAUUUUAGAUUACAUUUACAAGGAGAAUCUCUUGGAGCUUUAUGGCAAUUUAAGCAUUGCCCUGCGCUUACUCUUGACAUUGCCCAUCACUGUUGCUUCAGGAGAAAGAAGCUUCUCCUCCUUAAAACUGAUAAAAAAUUUCCUGCGCUCCACCAUGUCUCAAGAAAGACUGACUGGCUUAGCAAUGAUCUCUAUCGAGCAGAGAGUCCGUAGGUCAUUGAAUAUGGAGGACAUCAUCAACGCAUUUGCUGAAACCAAAACCAGGAUGGUUCAAUUCUGA